AUGUAUGAAUAUUUUCCCAGAAAAGUCACAAAGUAUUUGAAGCUCAGCUAUCAAUGGAGACCAGAACCACCUUCUGACAUAAAGUAUUCCUGGAUAUCUGGACGGCUACAUCUGCAAAGAGAAGCUCAGGAGAAAUACCUGCAUCAGAUAGCAAUCAGAAAAGUUGGAACCAUAGAAUGGCGUUUGUUUAAUUUUACGCAGGCUGGAACGAUUGAUGAGUUGGAACAACCCGCAGCUUAUGAAUUUAAGGCACGCUGUAAAACUAUCUCUGCUACCAGCUUGUGGAGUUUGUGGAGCCAUGUGAACUAUGUCCCUCCAGAGCUAAUAUACAAGCUGCAGAUACAUACACCAGUGAUUAAACUGCUGACUGACCCAGGGAUACGAUCAGUUUUCAUACAUUGGGAGGCUGUAAAUGAUUCAAGACAUGAUCGCACGAGGUACAACAUCACCAUCGAAAGGUUACCAGCAAAACCCAGAAACGUGAACACUAUACAAGUAGACAGAGAGAAUUAUCAUCUCCAGCUCUCACAAGCGCCAUAUAAAGUGCGGGUUCAAGCUUACAACUCGGUUAGCUGUUCCCCUGCAAGUGAAAUUGCGAUCUCGCCUUACAACCCAAUAGAGCUAAGAAACAAGAUAACUGCCACAGCACUUGGGAAUGACAGCCUUUUCAUUAGUUGGAAUCCAAUGAAGGGAAAAAGGACAAAACACGUCAUUGACUGGGGCCCGGUGAUUGGAAACCAAACGCAUAUUACGCAUUCAAAAGUUAUUCCAAAGGAACUUCAAAAUUACACUCUGAUGGGGCAAUUUAAUCCAAAGCAGCGAUACAGAAUAAUGUUACACAAACGAGCUAAAAAGAGGCAAGAGCUGACUCCACCCAUUGAGGUAACCAUUGGGAUUGUCGAUGUUUACACAGUAGAAGGAAGUAUGUGA